UUUAGUUUCUCUCCCAGCUUCAAUUCAAAAGUCAUGAACAAAACAAAACAUCUCUCAUGAUCAAUCCUGACAUUUCCGCUCACCAUAGCAUCUAUUGUCCUCUUCCUGACAAAACCCCCACUUGUUUUCCCCAGAUCCAAUACAUUCAUCAAAACAAUCCUCAUCAUUCCCCAGAAAAUAAAUAAAUUCAUCAUCAAGUGACUAUAAUUGUAAUUACUCCAACACCAUCACCGAAAGUUAAUAAUAGUGCACCCCACAGAAUCUCUAUCGCACGUGAUUCGUACGUGCUACCGACUCCUCUUCUCCCUCCAUUCACCAAUCCAUAUAAUCCAUUUUCCCGUCUGAACAGAUAACAUUCACACCACCCGGCCGCCGCCGUCGUUUUACGGUGCCGGUGAAAUUCUCCGUUCUGUUGCCGGUGUAUUAGAUCUGGUGAGAGAUGGAGUCUAUACUGGCUAGAGCUUUGGAGUAUACAUUGAAGUACUGGUUAAAGUCAUUUAGCCGAGAUCAGUUCAAAUUACAAGGGCGGACGGCGCAGCUUUCCAAUUUAGAUAUAAAUGGAGAUGCUUUACAUGCCAGCGCGGGAUUACCACCAGCAUUGAAUGUUACAACGGCAAAAGUUGGGAAAUUGGAGAUCAUACUUCCGUCAGUAAGCAAUGUGCAAACCGAGCCAAUAGUUGUGCAAAUUGAUAGGCUCGAUUUAGUUCUGGAAGAAAGAGAUGAUAUUGAUACACCUAGGAGCUGUAGCAGUGCAGCAUCAUCUGGUAGUUCCUCGAAGGGAAGUGGAUAUGGAUUUGCUGACAAGAUUGCAGAUGGCAUGACAUUACAAGUCCAUACGGUUAAUCUUCUACUUGAAACUCACGGAGGUGCUCGACGCCGAGGAGGAGCAAGCUGGGCAUCACCUAUGGCAUCAAUCACUAUACACAAUCUUCUUCUGUAUACUACAAAUGAGAACUGGGAGGUUGUAAAUCUAAAGGAAGCUAGGGAUUUCUCUAGUGGCAAGGAGUUCAUAUAUGUGUUCAAAAAACUUGAGUGGGAACAUCUAUCUAUUGACCUGUUACCUCAUCCCGAUAUGUUCGCGGAUGCACAUUUUGGAAGCUCUCAAGGGGGAAGUAACAAGAGAGAUGAUGAUGGAGCAAAGCGAGUAUUUUUUGGCGGGGAGAGAUUCAUUGAAGGAAUAUCUGGAGAGGCUCAUAUAACGAUUCAGAGGACUGAACUAAAUAGUCCACUAGGGCUUGAAGUUCAAUUGCACAUCACCGAAGCUGUUUGUCCAGCUCUAAGUGAACCAGGAUUACGAGCGCUUCUUCGCUUCAUGACAGGAUUGUAUGUCUGUAUAAACAGAGGAGAUGUCAAGCCAAAUCAGCAAAAUUCGACAGAAGCAGCUGGGCGGUCUUUGGUCUCCAUUGUUGUGGAUCACAUUUUUCUACGUUUGAAGGACACAGAAUUUCAGCUUGAACUUUUGAUGCAGUCUUUAUUCUUUUCUCGGGGAAGUAUCUCAGGUGGAGAAACUGCGAAAUGCUUGACUCGUCUUAUGAUAGGAGGAGCCUUUUUAAGGGAUACAUUUUCACGCCCUCCGUGCACCUUGGUGCAGCCUUCUGAGCUGACAGAUUCUGAUGAUGUUUUGAACAUUCCAGACUUUGGUAAAGAUUUUUGUCCUCCCAUAUAUCCUCUAGAGGACCAGCAGGGGAACUUCAGUGCUGGGGUCCCCCUGAUCUCUCUUCAUUCUCUUCAGCUCAAGCCUUCUCCAUCUCCACCAAUUUUUGCUUCUACCACAGUUAUCAAUUGUCAGCCCCUUAUGAUUCAUCUUCAGGAAGAAUCAUGUUUGAGGAUAUGUUCCUUUUUAGCUGAUGGAAUUGUAGUUAAUCCUGGUGUAGUUCUAUCAGAUUUCUCUAUAAACUCCCUCACGUUCAAUCUUAAGGGGUUAGAUAUCAUUGUCCCGUUAGACACGGGAACCGGAAAUCAUACUGUUCCAGGUGGAAAUAAUGCUUGUCAUAGUUUAUUUGGUGGGGCAAGACUUCAUAUAGAAGAUUUCAUCCUUUCUGAGUCACCUACUCUUAAGCUGGGGCUACUAAACCUCGAGAAGGAUCCGGCAUGCUUCUGUCUGUGGGAAGAUGAACCAAUUGAUGGUAGCCAGAAGAAAUGGACUGCUGGUGCUUCAGUCAUUAGUCUCUCUCUACAAACAUGUAACGAUGCAACUGGAAUCCAUAGUUCUCUUGCAUUAUCUUCAAAUUUAUGGAAAUGUGUUGAGCUGAAAGGUGCUUGCCUUGAAGUAGCAAUGGCUACUGCAGAUGGAGGCCCUUUAACAAAUGUCCCACCUCCGGGAGGAAUUGUUAGAGUGGGAGUUGCCUGUCAGCAGUAUUUGUCCAACACUUCAGUUGAGCAAUUAUUUUUUGUCCUAGAUUUUUACACAUAUUUUGGGAGGGUAAGUGAAAAGAUAGCAGCGGCUGGGAGGUUCAAUUCGCAGGCGGAAGUAAGUCAUAAAUCUUUAGGUCGAUCAUUAAGCGAAAAGGUUCCCGGUGAUACUGCUGUAUGUUUAGCAGUGAAUGAUCUGCACCUAAGAUUUUUGGAAUCUUCUGCUGCUGACAUUUCAGGAAUGCCGUUGGUUCAAUUUAUAGGCAAAGCGCUGUCCAUCAAAGUUACUCACAGAACCUUGGGGGGUGCUAUAGCCAUUUCGUCGAGUUUGCUUUGGGAAGGUGUUGAAGUUGAUUGUGCAGACACUCUGAGUAGCUUGCCACGUGAGAAAAGCUUGGCGUGGACUUCAAACCAAAAUGGCCAGUGUGUGGAGAAUGGACGUCAACUUAGAUCUGUCUUUUGGGUGCAAAACAGGAAGAUCUAUCAGUCAAAUGGCAAUUUUGUUUCAGUUCCCUUCUUGGACAUAAAAAUGGUACAGGUGAUCCCAUAUAAAACACAGGACAUGGAGUGUCACAGUCUAAAUGUUUCAGCUUGUAUUGCUGGUGUCCGCCUUGGGGGAGGAAUGAAUUACACAGAAGCCUUACUUCACAGGUUUGGAAUUCUUGGGCCAGAUGGUGGUCCUGGGGAAGGGCUUACUAAAGGGUUGGAGCAUCUGUCUUCUGGGCCUUUGUCUAAACUUUUGAAAGCAACACCUCUUACCCUUGAUGAACAUAAAGAUGAUGGAAAGGACACUGGUAGAUUACAGUUGGAAACUCCUGAUGAUGUGGACAUAUCCAUAGAAUUCAAAGAUUGGUUAUUUGCUCUGGAAGGUGCACAAGAAGAAGCAGAAAGGUGGUGGUUCUGUGAUCAUGAAGAUUCUAUCAGAGAAGAGCGGUGUUGGCACACAACUUUCCAGAACAUUUGUGUCAAAGCAAACAGUUCUAAGCGUGUAACAAAUGGCAGCGGAAACUUUUCUGGCAAAAAAAGAUACCCCCUCGAGUUGAUUACUGUUGGUAUGGAAGGUCUGCAGAUCUUAAAACCGCGUUCUCCACAUAGUAUCCAGCAGGAUAGUCCCGAAGGACCUCUUAAAGAGACUGCUGCGAGAUCUGGUGGUAUGAACAUCGAAGUAGACGUAGUGAAUUGCGAAGACGAUAUUGAUGAUGGAAUGGGAAAGUGGAUUGUCGAAAAUUUGAAAUUCUCCGUCAAACAGCCGAUUGAGGCAGUGGUGACUAAGGCUGAGCUCAAGCACCUUGCUUUCUUAUGCAAGUCUGAGGUCGACUCCAUGGGUCGGAUUGCCGCUGGAAUUCUGCGAGUACUUAAGUUAGAAAGUAAAAUUGGUGCAGGAGCAAUCAGUCAACUAAGUAAUUUAGGAACUGAAAGCUUUGAUAGAAUAUUUACCCCUGAAAAACUCAGCAGAGAUAGUAGCAGCAGUAGUAUGGGACUAAGUCCAUCGUCAAAUUUCACUGGUGGAAGCCGAAACUCAUGUGUCGAAUCAACAGUAGCUUCUCUUGAAGAGAUAAUCAAGGAAUCACGGACCAAAUGUUCUGCUUUAAGUGUUGACCUAGCUAAUUCGACAUCUUCUCUCGAUGAUGUUAAAGAGCUGAGUCAGAAACUGGAGAACAUGCAGAAAUUGUUGAUGCGAUUGCGGACUCAAGUUUAAUUUGUUUGUCCUCUCCCAAAGUUCUUUUUGUAGUAUGUUGUGUUACUAUAGUUAAAGAAUCAUACAGGCUUUCCAUUCUUUUUGUACAUAUGUACUACCCAAAAUAUGUUGAGCAUGUAGCACAGCGAGAAAAUGUAGAAGAAAGAAACCUCAGUUGCAUAGCAAAUUUUGUAUUGAUGUAUGAUCGGAUUUUCUCACCCACUUGUGUUAGGGUUUCUUGAUAUUGAAUUGUAUUUAGCCAUCAUUAUGGAAGAUCAUUAUGUUGGUCAAA